AUGUUUUUCCUUCGUUCGUCUUUCAUUCGUUUUUCUUUCAUUCUUACUCGCUUUUCAUUCUUUUUUCUUUCUUUGUCUUUCAUUCACCUUUCUUUUUUUCUCUCUUCCAUUUUUCGUUCUCUUUGUCUUCAUGAUAAUUCUUUCUCGUUACUAUAUCCUUUCUAUCUUUUCUUUUUCUUCACCUUUCAUUUCUUUCUUUCUUUCUUUCUUUCUUUCUUUCUUUCUUUCUUUCUUUCUUUCCGUUUAUCUUUCUUCCUUCCUUUUCGUCUUUCUUUCUUUUUCAUAAGCAAACAUCUGUUGUUAUUCCAGUCUAUUUUCAGUUCUCCAUUCCUUUCUUUACACCCCAAUUUCUUUUCUUUUCUCUGUUUCUUUGUCCUAACAGUCCCACAAUUUACAUCCACUCGUCAUUAUUUCUUCGAUUCUCUAAGAAUCAACCCAAAAAGAGCACUCGACAACAACAACAACAACAGGACUUCGCCUCCUGACGCUACUUUCCAUUCUCUCUUCUCCCAUUUAUCCCAGAGAUUCAUUUCUCUCUUCAUACGGCGUUUGCUUUGUCUUAUUCUUCCCGUAAUCUUUCAUGACAUAUUCCCUGCUUUCUGCUACGUAUAA